AACCCAAAGCAAAAUAACGUGGUUUUUUUAGGUCCUCUGCAGAUUCUUUGGAUUUCUCAAUCUCUCCUCUUUGCGGCGCAAUGGUUUACAUAACCUCGUGGGAUGAGUUCGUAGAGCGAUCAGUGCAGUUGUUCCGUGCCGAUCCCGAUUCUACACGGUAUGCGAUGAAGUACCGGCACUGCGAUGGUAAACUGGUUCUCAAGGUCACUGAUAACCGAGAGUGUCUCAAGUUUAAGACAGACCAGGCACAGGAUGCUAAGAAAAUGGAGAAGCUUAACAACAUAUUCUUCACUUUAAUGGCUCGGGGCCCUGAUGCGGAGACGUCAGAAGUUACUGGGAAGGAACAGAUGGAUGCACAGCCAACCAAGAAAGGAAGAGGAAGGAAACAAUAACUUUGUUUGCUACUAGACAAAUAUGUUUCAGACAAAUUUUAGUAGGCAUCAUAGGCUGGCAAACUGUGAUGCCCGGAAAAUCCAUUAAAAUCAUAUAGGUUAAAUCAAAUUUUCAAGAGGGAUUUUAUCAACUGCUGCUUCAUUUAGGUUAAAUCAAAUCAUUUUUGUUUCGUGUAUACGGAUCAUUGCUACUUUUCACUGUCUUUAUUUGGAUUCUUGUGCAUUCAUUUUAUUUCUUGUUUGAAGCUUACUGGAUCCUGUGGCCUUGAUUUGUUACCAGUUGCCACCAUACGGAACAUCUCUAAAGAAUACUGUGGCAGUAACCUUGAUUUGUUA